AACAGUACCCCGACCGAACCCGGGCAAGACGAUUCGUUUCUAUCGCUUCCAUGUUCUAUGGACUAUUGUCCUCUUUCGCUCUGUUAUUCGCUGUGAAGUCAAAAGAAACGAAAGGUCACUGACAAUGGUAGCAACAACUACGAUCCCUAUGUCUCUACUGUUCACAGUUUUGGCAGUGGUCUCUUUGCUAUUGCCGGUGGAAUCAGGCGAUACGAACCACAUCUACUGGCCGUGCGGUGACACCACCGUACAGCGGUCGGAUGGGUUCACUUUUGCCAUCGCUUUCGCGUCGAGGACCGCCUUCUUCUACAACAAUAAUAGCAGCCUUCAGUUAUCUCCUUGCGAUUCCAGGCUCGCUCUUUCUAGCCAGGGCUCUCAGAUCUCUGUCUUUAGACCUAAAGUCGACGAGAUCUCUCUCCUCACCAUUAAUUCCUCCUCCUUCUUUCCGGAGAAUAAUGGUGGAUACAUGGUCGCAUUUGCUGGUAGAAAAUAUGCUGCAAGGUCUCUUCCUGCUUUUGUUGCAAACGGCACAUACACCGUGACAAGCUUCACCCUGGUGCUUGAGUUUAAGAAGGGCAGGCUGCAAAACCUUUACUGGAAGAGGGAUGGAUGUGCUAGAUGUACAGGAAACAAUAAUUUUGUUUGUCUUAACAAUCAGGACUGUGCAAUUACUACAACAAACUGCAAAAACCAUGGAGGUUCAGUAGAUUGCAGCCUUGGUAUCCAAUUGGCAUUCUCUGGCACCGAUAAGCACCUCGCAGUUCUCAACUCAUGGUAUGAAGUGGAAAACCUGAGGCAGUACUCACUUUUUGGCCUUUACUCAAAUCUUAGGGAUUCUCUCACUAGCCAGUACAAUAAGAUAUUUUAGUUUUGCUUCAGCUCGUUUGUAGAAGUUUUGUUCCUGAUAUGUUGUAAUUUUUCCCUCACUGAUUUGAAAGUUGCUUAGGCCUCUACUCUUUUCUGAUGGAUUCUUCAUCCCCUUGCAGUUGUUUGUAAAUUUAGGAAUACGGUUGAUUAUUUGUGAUUAUAUAUUAAAAGAGAUUGCUGUUGUUGAAA